AUGCACACAUAUUAUUCAAGCAGUCCUGGCGAUUUUAUGGUUGUACAGUUUGCUCGUUACGCAUGGGACAUACAUUGCCCCUUUCUCGAACGAGCGCUAGAUACACACAAGGAGCAUAGUCACAGACAAGGCUAUCCGCUGUCUGUCCGCCGCACUUCAGUCCUCGGUGGCGGAUGGAACAAAUACGCAAUGCUUCUGUCCGCCAUGAUCCAGGAAAUGGAAAAACCAUUUAAUCAACGGGUCAAGUGGCUGUUCUGGUUCGAUAGCAACACAAUACUCAUGAAUCCGAACAUGCGACUGGAAACAUUCCUCCCUCCACCAGAGUUCUCACACAUUCAUCUUCUUCUCACCAAGGACUGGAACGGCAUGCAAAACCAUGUUUUCUUUCUCCGCGUUCAUCCAUGGUCCAUCAAACUACUCUCCGCUGCGAUCGCGUACCCAGUAACACAUGACCCCGUGUCAUCUGAUCUGUCAGCCCUAAGCAACAUCCUACAAGACAACGAUUAUUUUGCUCGAUCGGUCGUGUACUGUCCAUCGCGAUGGUUCAACGCGUACACUCGCACGCCAGAUGACGAAGGCUGGAGAGCAGGGUCAUCUCCCCAUUUCCAAAUUCAUCCUGGGGACCUACUGGUUAAUUUCCCGAGGACGCCAUAUCAGCAUCUGAACGAGACAAUGCUGCCCUAUCUCGACUUGGCAGAGAAGCAUGAGAAAAAGUGGGAAUCAACUGUGGAGGAAACGGGCUAUGUGGAAGAGGUAGCGCGAUUUUGGAGAAGUAUUCAUCGGUCGCCUUCCGACUAG